CCCAUACCAGUUAUCACGGCUUGGGUAGUGAGUCCAGAUCAGCCAUUCGCACGAUGACCGACAACUAUGAUAAUCCAACAUGCUUAUGGCUAAACCUUGUUUGUAUGCAGGGAAACUGGCGCUGCCGGGUCAUUAACAGUGUAUACUCGACUUGAUAAUACAGGAUUCCAUAUUUAUAAGACCAGCUACAUUAAAGUUGACAUCUUCGGUGUGACCUGGGUUGACAAGGCCAACUAUACACCCUGAGUUGAACAAUCACUUGGGUCAUUUUCAACCUGUCCACUUCUUCCCUUUGUUUUCGAGUCUGUCCAGAUCACAGCGUCAACUCUGCAGCAAAUAUGGCAGCCGUUACUUCUGCGAGUCCAAUGCAAACGGCCCUGCCGGAAGAUUCCGAUGGGCGCGUUGGCUCUGUAGAAGCAGUUGAACUCGAGCCUCUCAUGACGAGCUACAAGAUUGUCCCGGUUCGCGAGCCAGACGGGAAAAUCAAGAAAGUCAGACGGCCAAUCCAGCUGUCUGCAGCCCAAACAACAGAAAAUCCCAAAGAAAGGACUCUUCCAGCAGAUUCUCCAGCAGUCGAUCGUGGCGCAUCUACUUUGACGCCAUCGCCAGCUGCCGUAGGCGAGACCGGUCAUGAUAUCGUCACAAAGCUGGCUACAAUGGGACAGGUCAUCAAAUCGGCUGUCAAGGGGCAUAUAUCAUCCCCUGAUGAUGCCCUUGCUUUUAAUAGUACCCCGAGCACCACCCUCGGCGCCAACAACACCAUCGUCGUGCUCAGGCCUCGCACCGAAAAACAAGGAGGCUUGCAGACAGUCCCAUAUACCCAGGAAGCCAGUCAAAUAAAAACAACACAGACCGAGCCUGCAGAAAAUACCGAAGUUGCCACUUAUUCCACCACCGCCCCUGCCCCUGGUGCACUAAAAUCUAUCAGCGACCGCUUCACCUCAUUAACUGGCCACCUCGACCAUGUAGGCCAAGUAGUCCCCAGCAUGAACUCCGUGGCCACGGGCGUCGCCGCCGCGGGCGCAACCCUCGGACUAAUGGAACCGCUCCCCACAUCCGCGCCCAGUCCGACCCCGGUCUCGACUCCAGUCCCCUUGACGCUCACUCCUAUCGGGGCCCCUCCCCCUCCUCCUCCUACCAAUGCCACGGCCGGGCCCGGUACGAGUCCACUGACAGUCGUAUCGAGUUAUGUCCCGGCGGACCAGAGGGCCGCGGCUGGCACAGUUAGCGUGGCGGUUGGAUCUACGGCGCAAGGGAGUAGUAUUCCGGUUACUGCGGCUGGGACGGCGGCGGUUGCUACUCCUUUAAACAAGCAGCAGAGUCAAAACUGGGUACGGGAUGAAUAUGAGCAUGAUAGCCAUGGCCGAGAUGAGGAGGAUGACGAUGGUCAUGAGGAGAUAAGCGACAACGAUCACGACGAGAUGUGGAAGAUGGGGGAUGGCGACGAGGAAGUUGAGGUUGGAGAAGACGGAAUUGAAGAGAUACAAGCGGGUGUUGAAGAGGUUGGAGACGUGGAGGAUGGGGACGAGGAGAUAGAAGACGAGGAUCAUGACGAGGACGGAGGAGCCUAUGUCCGCGACGAUAACCUCUAUUCUGAAGACUAUCUGUCAGAUAGCAUGGAUAAUGAUGUGGAUGACCACUAUCACCAUGAUUGGAUGUGAAAUCGGCAGUACAUAGAGGACGGAGUAACCGAAGUUACUUGUGGAAACGUACCUGGUACACUUUUCAUAGAUUUGUUGUUUUCUGCAGAAUGUGCUCAUUCUGUGUGACUACUUAAGUACGUCAAUAGCGAUGCAUGCGACUAUCGUCUCAGAACACGACGUCGUAUUUGUUACACUGUUAGUCCUUGCCCAGUAUCAUUUGAAAUACUGCAAG